AUGUACCUGCCCAUCUGCAACCUCAACUUUGGACGACAGGACAAGUCAGUCACCAAGGACUACAACCGCCUUGUAAUGCCAAAGUUCCGAGAGCGAGUUCGAUGGAUUCAACGCAAGAUGAUCGAGUAUGGCGCCUUGGUCAAGACGCCCAACGGAUGGGCCCGAGAGCCCGGACGUCGAUUUGCCAACGCCGAGGAAGCCGGUCUCUGGCUUGACAACAAACUGACACUGGCUUCAACCCCAACCUCAUCUCCCGCUCAGCCGUUCCAGGCCCAAGGCAUCCAGAACUCAAUGUGGAGCCAUAGCAGGUCGAUCCCCACUGUCGACGAUCCCUUGCCAGAGAUGGGACAACUUUGCCUCAACGACGACUCAACCAGCAGCAGCAUCUUUAAAGAUUGCGUGGCCCCAGACUACCAAGCCCGAUCGCGAGUCGAUCUUGGAUGA